GUGGAUGAGCGGCCAUGGCGGGGCAGCAGUUCCAGUACGAUGACAGCGGCAACACCUUCUUCUACUUCCUCACCAGCUUCGUGGGGCUCAUCGUCAUCCCCGCCACCUACUACCUGUGGCCCCGGGACCAGCACGCCGAGCAAAUUCGAUUAAAAAAUAUAAGACAAGUAUAUGGAAGAUGUCUGUGGUACCGUUUGCGGUUAUUAAAACCACAACAAAAUAUAAUUCCUUCAAUAAAGAAAGCAAUUCUUCUUGCUGGAUGGGCACUGUUUCUGUUUCUUGCAUACAAAGUUUCCAAAACAGACCGAGAAUAUCAAGAAUACAACCCUUAUGAAGUCUUACAUUUGGACCCAGGAGCAACUGUAUUGGAAAUUAAAAAACAAUACCGUGCGCUGUCACUAAAAUACCAUCCAGAUAAAGGAGGAGAUGAAGUUAUGUUCAUGAGGAUUGCAAAGGCUUAUGCAGCUUUAACUGAUGAAGAAUCUCGAAAAAAUUGGGAAGAAUUUGGCAACCCAGAUGGGCCACAAGCUACGAGCUUUGGUAUUGCAUUGCCAGCUUGGAUUGUGGAUCAGAAAAAUUCUCUCUUGGUUUUGCUGGUAUAUGGACUAGCAUUUAUGGUUAUUCUUCCAGUUGUUGUGGGUUCUUGGUGGUACCGAUCAAUACGCUACAGCGGAGAUCAGAUUCUCAUCCGCACAACUCAAAUCUAUACAUAUUUUGUUUAUAAAACGCGAAAUAUGGAUCUGAAACGGCUUAUAAUGGUUUUAGCAGGAGCCUCUGAAUUUGACCCUCAGUAUAACAAAGAUGCUACAAGCAGACCAACAGAUAACAUUCAGAUACCUCAGCUAAUCAGAGAGCUUGGAAGCAUUAAUUUAAAGAAGAAUGAGCCUCCACUUACCUGCCCUUACAGCUUGAAAGCCAGAGUUCUCUUACUGGCUCAUCUUGCCAGGAUGAAAAUUCCUGAGACACUUGAAGAAGAUCAGCAAUUUAUCCUGAAAAAGUGUCCUGCUUUACUUCAAGAAAUGAUUAACGUAAUCUGCCAGUUAAUAAUAAUGGCGCGUAGCCGUGAAGAAAGGGAGUUUCGUGCUCCAUCAUUGGGAUCUUUGGAAAACUGUAUGAAGCUUUCCCAGAUGGCUGUCCAAGGGCUUCAGCAAUUCAAGUCUCCCCUUCUGCAGCUCCCUCACAUUGAAGAGGACAAUCUUAGGCGAGUUUCCAAUCAUAAAAAGUUCAAAAUCAAAAGUAUCCAGGACAUGGUGAGUUUGAAAGGAUCUGAUCGCCGCAACUUACUGCACUUCCUUGAAGAUGAAAAAUAUGAUGAAGUUAUGGCUGUAUUAGGUAGUUUUCCACAUAUCACCAUAGAUAUAAAGCCACAAGUUUUGGAUGAUGAAGACAGCAACAAUAUUACAGUGGGAUCGCUAGUCACUGUUUUGAUCACAUUGACAAGGCAAACAAUGACAGAAGUGUUUGAAAAGGAACAGUCCACCUGCGCAGCAGAAGAGCAACCUACAGAGGAUGGGCAAGGAGAUGCCAACAAAGUUAAGAACAAAGGAUGGCAGCAAAAGAAUAAAGGAACCAAGAAGGCUUCAAAAUCAAAGAAAAAGAAACCUUUGAAAAAGAAACCUGCUCCUCCUCCAUUGCAGCAGCCAAAGCAGCAGAAGCAAAAGCAAGCUAAUGGGGAAGUUGUAAUAAGGGAGGAAGAUGAAGAACUUUCUGAUAAAGGAAGCGAGUCUGAUGAAGAAGAAACUAACAGGGACUCUCAAAGUGAAAGAGAUGAUGGAAGUGAAAGAGACUCUGACAGAGAACAAGAUGAGAAACAAAACAAAGAUGAUGAAGCUGAGUGGCAAGAAUUACAGCAAAGUAUACAGCGAAAGGAGCGGGCCCUUCUGGAAACCAAAUCAAAGAUAACACAUCCUGUUUACAGUCUUUACUUUCCUGAGGAAAAACAAGAAUGGUGGUGGCUGUAUAUUGCAGAUCGGAAGGAUCAGACAUUAGUAUCUAUGCCAUAUCAUGUGUGUACACUAAAAGAUAGAGAAGAGGUAGAACUGAAGUUUCCUGCACCAGGCAAACCUGGAAACUACCAGUACACGGUUUAUUUAAGAUCAGAUUCGUUUAUGGGUUUGGACCAGGUUAAACCAUUAAAGCUGGAAGUUCAUGAAGCUAAACCAGUGCCAGAAAAUCAUCCACAAUGGGAUACAGCAAUAGAGGAUGAUGAGGAUCAGGAAGACAGCGAGGGCUUUGAAGAUAGCUUUGAGGAAGAAGAGGAGGAGGAAGAGGAUGAUGAUUAAACAGUGCUAUUAAUUAACUACAACAUUUGCACACACUGCAAACUUUUGGUCUGACUGUGGAACUGUACAAUAAACAAGAAACACAGUGCAAAAGCAUUGAGAAGCCUGAGUUUAGUUUCUCUUUACCAAAUGUGAGUGCAUUAUGUAACUUCUCAGUGAAGGUCAAACAAAUGUUAUGAUUGGUACAACGUGGAAGAUGCUUAUGGCUUGCUACAGCCAUUAAA